GGCUUUGGUUGAAGGAGCUUCUUUGUAACUUCCUGGACCCGUCAGUAUGGUUCACAGAAAACUCGUUUCAUCUGCGUUGUCCAUGGAAGGAAAACGGGAGAGUUAGAAGCGUUUGUCCUCCAUCAGGGAAACGGAUCUGACGUUUGCGACGACCUGUGAGGUCUGAUCCAGGCUUCGAGCAGGGAUGGCCACGUCCCAGGGCCCCACCAUGCUGUGGAGCCCCAUGGUGAUUGUGGAGGCUGCGGGUGGAGCCCUGCCCCAGGUUUCCCAGUAUUCAAUGAAACCUGCCAACCAGGAAGAGGGCUGUGUGUCCUUUGAGGAUGUGGCUGUGUACUUCUCCUGGGAGGAAUGGACACUACUUGAUGACUCUCAAAGGCUCCUGUACCAGACUGUGAUGACGGAGGUCUUCACACUUGUGUCCUCACUCAGACUUCAACUCUCUGGUAUCCGUGACGUAACUGAGGUGGAGUCUUGUGGAGAUCUCUCUGUGCCUGCACUGAGAUUCCUGACUCCGUGUUUAUGGACAGGUUGUUGGAUCAAAGUGGAGGGUGAGCCGUCCCCUUUGGAGCACAGUCGGUCUGCAGAAGGAGAUCUUACUUCAUCCAGGCUCCAACAGCAGAUGCUGAGCUGUGCUGAGACCCCCUUACUAAGCACAGACAAUGUGACGAUCCUCCAGACCCCCUCAGGUCUUCUCAGGCAUCAGGUGACUUACACUGUGGGGGAGCCACCCAAGAGCACCGAGAGUGGAGAGGCUGUGCACAGUGAAAAGAGGAACUGCAAAUGCACUUACUGCGGCAAAAUCUUUACUAGCAUAUCUCACCUUAAUAGGCACUGGAAGAUACACACCGGAGAAAAGCCUUUUCAGUGCAGUGAAUGUGGGAAAUCUUUCAGCCAAAAAGCCUUUCUCAUUAAGCAUUUCAGAAUGCACACUGGAGAAAAGCCCUAUAGGUGUAGUGAAUGUGGCAAAGCUUUCAAGCAUAAUAUCUCCCUUAUUUCUCAUCAGGGACUGCAUACAGGAGAAAUGCCUUUUAAGUGCAGUGAAUGUGGGAAAUCAUACAGGAGCAGAGAAGGCCUUAAAGUUCAUUAUCGGUUUCACACUGGAGAGAUGCCCUUUGAGUGCAGCAAAUGUGGGAAAUCAUACAGGAGCAGAGAAGGCCUUUUGAAUCAUUUCUACAGUCAUACUGCAGAAAAGCCUUUCUGCUGCAGUGAAUGUGGGAAGUAUUUUACCCAAAACUCUGAGCUCAUUGAACAUCUAACAAUUCAUGGCAAACCUUAUAAGUGCAGUGAGUGUGGAAGGGUCUUUAAUUCAAGUUACAACUUUGUUAGACACAUGAAAGUGCAUGUUGUAGCAAAGCAAUAUGCAUGCAGAGAAUGUGACAAAGUGUACUGCAGUAGCUCCAGCCUGUAUAAACACAGGAAGAUUCAUGCUAGAUAAAUGUCUAAGGAGAGCAGUGAAUGUAAAAAGUCCCUUAGCUGUCUAAAUAAACACCUGAAAUCACA